GGCGGCUGAGCGCGCGCGCGUUCCUCAGUUCCGUUACGCGACGGGGGAGCCGGAGGAGCGCGGAGUUGCCCACCUGCCCGUUCGCUCCACCAACAUCCCUUCCCGCGGUCCUCGGAAGCAGCCCAGCAGCACACGGUAACCAUGAGUGAUCGAAAGGCUGUCAUCAAAAAUGCAGAUAUGUCUGAGGAGAUGCAGCAGGACUCUGUGGAGUGUGCUACACAGGCCCUGGAAAAAUAUAACAUUGAAAAGGACAUUGCUGCCCACAUAAAGAAGGAGUUUGACAAGAAAUACAAUCCUACUUGGCACUGUAUUGUGGGAAGAAAUUUUGGCAGCUAUGUGACUCAUGAGACCAAACACUUCAUCUACUUCUACCUGGGCCAAGUAGCCAUUCUCCUCUUCAAAUCCGGUUAGAACAUGGGAUCGUUCCACCCAAACAUGCGUUUGAUUACAAGACUGCACACUAAUUCCAAAUAGACUGAAGUCUUCAGCCUUCCCCAGGGAACAUACCUUGAUCUUCAAGCCUUUUGUUGUUUUAAUGGACAGGUACUCUUCUGUACCAGUUUGUGUUUUUGUUGUGGCCAUAAAAAAUAACAAAAAAUAA